CAUGGCACCAAAAAAAGAAUUGACACCUCAUCAAGUCUCAAGUGGUUUGACUUAUGUACAUAAGGAACCUGCCUUCUUGGCAAGAUUAAAAGGAACAAGCAAAGCACAAGAAAAGGCGAAACAAAAAUUCCAAGAUUAUCAAGAUGGUCAAGAUGACGAAGAUUAUGAUGAACUAGAAGGAGCUCAAGUAGUAGAACUAGAUAGCAAAGGAAAAGAAAUACAUAAAGAUACAGAAACCAAAGAUGAAACUACUACUACGGAGGAAAAAGAAGAAGAAGAAGAUCAGGGACCACCAGUGGAUGAGAAUGGACGAUUACUUUUCAGACCCAAGAAAAGGAAUACAUUAGCAUCAACAAAACGAAGUUUAGAACAAGCAAUAGAAGAUCACCGAAAGGACAAAAAUAUCAAGAAACCAAAGAAAACCAAAAAACAGCAAAAACCAUUGACAUUAUCAUUUGAUCUAGACGAAUGAACUGGGCAUUUUGAUUGGUUAAGAUAUUUUUACUUUUAGUUUUAAAACUCAUCCCUUUUUCAUUUCUCUUUUUUUCUUUCUAUCAUUUAUUUUGUAUUUAUAGCUAAACUUUUACAUACUUCUCCCUUUUUUUUUUCUCUCUCUCUCUCUCUUUUUUAGUUGUCUUUUAGUUUUGUUUUUA